AUGAAAGUCGCCGAUUUUCUAUCGGAUCUGACGUCCUUGCAAGUCUGCGACCCAAACGCAGCACUUGCACUGGUAUCGGAACGGCCAGAUAAUGGUGCCCAAGCCAAUGGUGGGCCGGUUAAGAAUGACGAUGACCAGGACCUCAAGCGAGCAAAAGAUCUCCUCAGCCUUCACAGCGAAGUCAAAGUCGCACAUGUGGAUGGGACUGAUAAAGAGCUCAACCAAGCACGAGAGGACGUCGCCAAGGUGCUCAGCACUCUUUAA